UAACCUUACUGUUUCAAUGAUAAGCUGCUAAUAAAUAUUAAGACUCUUAUUAGUUUCAAAAUCGUCGGAGAAAAUGUUGAAAACGGUAUUCAACUCAAUUAAACCACCGAAUAUCCAGCCGAACGGAAGCCUACAAUGGCUGGCACUACUACCCAUUCAGAACCGAAAAUUUAAUACGACGCCCAAUCUACGCACCGUUGAAGUCGACAAUGUCGAUCAGAAAAAAAACGUAAGCAAAGCCAUGAGGGCUUAUUUGCAAAGAGCCCAAGAACAUGAUGAAUUCAUGAAGGAACAGACGCAGGAAUACCAAAUCGGCAAGCGUCAUUUGGCUAAUAUGAUGGGCGAAAAUCCAGAAACGUUCACCCAGGAGGAUGUUAAUAAUGCUAUAGAGUAUUUGUUUCCCUCUGGUUUGUAUGAGAAAAGAGCCAGACCUUUGAUGAAACCACCAGAGGAGGUGUUUCCACAAAGGAAAGCAGCUGAAUUUGAUGAAACUGGAAGACCACACCAUUUCCUGUUUUACACAGGAAAGCCCAACUUUUAUCAAAUACUUUAUGACACAGUACAGCAUAUUGCUGAUCUGAAUAGAUUUGAGGACUCGAUGAUCAAGAAGGGUUUGAAGCCAGACAAAGAUCAAAUGCUGAACUUGACUGGCUAUCAGUGGGUUGAUAAGGGCGCAUUGGAAAGAAGAAUUGUUGAAACUAUAGGUGAUAGAGAUUACCAGAAUUUUAUCAAUGCCAUGGAAAGACUGUGUGACUCCCCAUAUUCCUACAAAGUUAAGGAUUUCAUUAUGCAGUAUAGAACAUCCUUAAUGAGUCAAACCAAAACAUAUGAUGCCCCUAAACCACAAUAUGAUGCUGAUGGCAGGGCAUUUGUCACCACUUAUGAAUGCUUGAGGAAAACUGCUAGGGGUCAUGUUACAAUCAGGUCACCAGGAACUGGUAAAAUCGACAUUAAUGGUCAAGACAUUACUUAUUUUGAGCAUCUACAGAACAGGGAACAGGUCCUGUUUCCACUUUUAUUCACAAAUUUACAAAACAAAGUAGACAUUGAAGCUUUUGUGGAAGGUGGUGGACCGUCCGGACAGGCUGGAGCAAUUAGAUGGGGCAUUUCAUGGGGAUUAAGGAGUUUUGUUGAUCAGGAAACCAUAGAAAAAAUGAGAAUAGCUGGUCUGCUCACACGUGACUACCGCACAAGAGAAAGGAAGAAGCCUGGCCAACAAGGAGCCAGAAGGAAGUUCACUUGGAAGAAGCGUUAAAAAAUUUAAUGAAUAUAUAAGUAUAUAUAAAAUAAACUGUAAUAUUUGUAAUAAGUUUUUAUU